UCCUCCGAGCUGUCCGCCAAACUGAUCCGCAGGCUGGACAUCAACGAGGGCAAUGCUGCUUCUCGACCGACGCGCGUCUUCAACCCCUACACGGAGUUCAAGGAGUUUUCCCGCAAACAGAUCAAGGACAUGGAGGCGAUGUUCAGACGGUAUGACACUGGAAAAGAUGGCUUUAUUGACCUGAUGGAGCUGAAGCUGAUGAUGGAGAAGCUGGGGGCUCCGCAGACCCACCUGGGCCUCAAGAACAUGAUCAGGGAAGUGGAUGAAGACUUUGAUGGCAAGCUGAGCUUCAGAGAGGUGAGACUGUUGUGUCCUGGUACUGUCCUGUGUGGCUGCUGUUUAUUUCACACGUGGGGGAACAGUGGUCUGAUGGCUCUCGCCAGACUGUCUGAGAUCAAUGUCUCCACUGAGGGAGUGAUGGGAGCUAAAGACUUCUUUGAAGCCAAGAUGCAGGUUCUGUCUCAGGGCAGCAAGUUCGAGGCUGAGAUUCGAGAGGAAAAGGAAGAACGCAAGAGACAGGAAGUGGAGAAAAAGCAGAGACAAGCCGCCUUCAAGCAGCUACAGUCCAACUUCUGCUCAUGACCAUUCACAGGUGGAAGAUAAGAGUCCUGACUUGCAUCGUCAGAGUUACUGAGAUUUUAAAAACAGCUUCACAUCCUGCUUAUACUUGAACAACUGUUUCACGUCUCAGAAUUUGGCACUUUAUGACAAAAAUAUAAAGAUAGAUAUAACACAUCACAGGAUAGAUUUAUUCACACCAGAUAUUCUGCAGCUGUCCCAUAACAAAGAAGGCAACAACAUGACUUCAAAUGGUUUGAGUGAUUUUGUGAACUCUCCAAAUUCAUGAAAAAAAUCAUUUAUUGUGCAUUUUUGUGGAUUUGUCCUUUGUGUCCCUCUGUACAAGGUUUCAUCUCAAGAGAAUUUGAGCUUGUUCAGGCAACGUGAAGCUGUGUUCAAUAUGUUAUGUUUGUGAAGCAUUUAGAAUUUAUAUUAGUUUGGUUAUGAUUUGUGUUGCUUGAUCACAAACCAGUUUGGAGAAGACUGAUAAUUAUUUGAUCUCCUAAAGGCGGUCUCGGUGUCACCAAAAUCUCUUAGCCAUCAAGAUUCAAAAUCAGACAACUUAUCUUUUAAAGGAAUAGUUCACUAAAAACCUGUUCAUUUGCUUUUUGUUCUGAGAGUGAAUCAGAGAUGGGAUCUGGAGUUGGCAACCCGUACUGGAGAUGCACUGGAGUCCCACAUAAAUAGACUUCUGACUUGACUCACAACUCGUACCUAUUUGACUCCAGACUUGACUCGGACUCAUGAAUAAUGACUUUUUAACCAUAUGAGUAUUUCAACAUUUCUAUAGGAGGCGAAUUUUGGUUUUUACUACCCUCUGUAAACCUUUAACAUGUUAUAGCGUUCAUCUGCCAAAUGUCAGCGUGUAAUGCCGAGAUAAAACACACAUCAUGCAGUGCCAACUUGUAACAGAAUUAAUAUCUUGCAUCCUUUGGAUAUGAGGAUUUCAAAGCCCCUGUGCUUAACAGAAAAACUGGCUCCUAUAAACAAAUGCAAGAAACGAUAAGACACCAAGUUGACCAUGUCCAGCUUGACAACCCACUCAGAGGUGCCAGGGAUGCCAAUAGCCUUUAGCUAAGUUACCUUAUGUUAAAGUAGUGUUAUGUUAAAGUCACUGCUGUUAUUGUAAUGUGUCGGCUCAUGUUAAGCUCCUUAUCUUUGUAACUUGAUGUAGUUGUUCUGGGUAAUGUGAAUCUUUACUGCACUAUGAGGGUCUGCCAACACAGACUUCUGACUUCUGGUUAUUUGCUAAACAGAAAUUCUGUUAAUGUGCAUCAUAAAUGUUGCAGCGUUGAUCAUAUUACCAGUCAUACACUUAAAUUUAUAGGCCUACAGUUGUCUGUUUAUUUGUAAGAUAAAACAAAUGCAGUGUAAUUCAGUGGUCCUCUAAUAAAUCCCCCUUCAUGAAGGUGAUAAUGUUCUAUUGUUUAAACAAUUUCAGAGAGGAAUUGAUUCAACUGCAUGAUCCAUAAGGAGGCUGAAGUUAAUGCUGCAUUAUACAGACAGUUUGUCGUUUGUGUUAUUUAGACGAACUUCAUAGGUAUAAAUGGGAUGGACGAGGUAAUAUAAACACCUUCUAACAAUACAAUUCAAAAUGAUCCUACAGCUAAAUCAACACCUCUCUAAAACAGUCAGAACAAAAACUGAGAACUGUCAUCCAUAAAGGAGGAUUUAGUGCAGCACUGGAUUGGACUGCAUUAGUUUUACCUUGGUGUACCUAAUAAACUGAUAACCGAGUAUAUUGUGCCAUAGCACAGGGUUGAUAAAGCGAAGAGACAUAAAAGUUUUGCACUCCACCUCCAGUUUGCCUUGAAAGUAUACAGUAUUACUGUAUAUAGAUUCACUUUCCAUAUUUAUCUGUAGGAUCACAGAAGUCACCGAUGGAAAAGUUGGAUAGGUUGUGGCAGCUCAGGUGGACACUGUAUGAACCUACUAUAAACCUUUUUAUUUAAUUCACUGGAUACAAUUCAACAGGAGAAAAUGCUCUUGGCAUAGGCAUGUUACAUUGGCAACACAAGACCUGAACCUUGGCUCAGUCUUUAAUUUAUAGACAUAGGACUUGGUUCAGACGUGCGUAGUGUGACUUGUGAACAUCUCUGGAGUGAUUUAAGAAGGCUGAUAUAACAGUCACAUGUCUGUGUGUUCAGUAUAUAGCUGGAGUCAGGGCGUGGUUAGCCUAGCUUAGCAUAAAGACUGAAAGCAGGGGAAAUGGCUAGCCUAGUUAAGUCAAAUGUCUGCCAACACCUCUCUGCACACACAGAUGUAAAAAUGACUGUGAUUUUAGUUGCAGUUAUGUGCUGAAACGUUCUUGAUGAAUAAUAGCUUCACAUUUGUUGUUUUAGCAUAUUUCCUGCCCCUUAAAACCAUCUAUUUAUGUAGAGAUCAAAGAAAAAACUUAAGUUAUUUACAAAAUGGUAAAUGGUGAGCAUUACAGGUGCUGGCAGUUUUUUUUUUUUGUUUUUUUUU